CAGGGGCACUCGGCGAAGGCUCUUACGUCAUCAGGGGCGCGACGCCCAAAGGAUCGGUUAGGGGUCUGGCUAUCAGGAAGGUGCGGCGGCGGGACCGGCCGGGAAGAUGCCCGUUGCCGUGAUGGCAGAAAGUGCCUUUAGUUUCAAGAAGUUGCUGGAUCAGUGCGAGAACCAGGAACUCGAGGCUCCUGGAGGAAUUGCUACACCCCCAGUGUAUGGUCAGCUUUUAGCUUUGUAUCUGCUCCAUAAUGACAUGAACAAUGCAAGAUAUCUUUGGAAAAGAAUACCACCUGCUAUAAAAUCUGCAAAUUCUGAACUCGGGGGGAUUUGGUCAGUAGGACAGCGAAUCUGGCAGAGAGAUUUCCCUGGGAUCUAUACGACCAUCAGCGCUCACCAGUGGUCAGAGACGGUGCAGCCUAUCAUGGAGGCCCUUGGAGAUGCAACGAGGAGACGAGCAUUCGCCCUGGUGUCUCAAGCUUAUACCUCAAUCAUCGCCGACGAUUUCGCAGCUUUUGUCGGGCUCCCUGUGGAAGAGGCUGUGAAAGGUAUAUUAGAACAAGGAUGGCAAGCUGACUCGACCACAAGGAUGGUUAUGCCCAAAAAGCCAGUUGCAGGGGCCCUGGAUGUGUCCUUUAGCAGGUUUAUUCCUUUAUCAGAACCUGCACCAGUUCCACCAAUCCCCAACGAACAGCAGUUAGCCAGACUGACUGAUUACGUGGCUUUCCUUGAAAAUUGACUUGCCGUUGAGUCCCACACCCACGUUCAGAGUCCUGUAUACUGACAAAUAGAGAAAUGUCAAAUCCUUAUUUUCAAUUCAUUGGAUGGAUGAAGCACCUCAGCAUUCCUCACUGAGUAUGUGAUAAAAAUACAUAUAUAACAUAAAGUAUAUUAUAUGUAUUUUGUCCUUAAGGAUCAUGCUGACUAGUUGUUGAAAGAGUUCUCAUUUUGUAAUUGGCGAUUGGGAUGGAGCCUGUCAGUUCACAGUCAGCUUCUAUUCCCUCAUGACUCGUGAGCGUGGCCCUCCUGCUCCGUGCAGCACGCAGCUGUCAGCUCUCUCUCCUGCCCCGGCACACAGCACACUCCCACCCUCCCGCACCACUCGUGGGUACUUGUAGUGAUUCACUGGGGCAUGAGGGGCUGUCCCCAGGGGCAGUAUCUGAACGGCAGGGCAUUCUGACUCACCCGCUUUGGAGAAUAUUCUCUCUUUUCUCCUCACCUCCUGAGAGUCACUAAUACAGGAUACUGAAAUACAGCUGAGCAGCAAAAAACUCAUUUCCUUGGUAAACCAGUUUGUUAACUUCAGACUUUCUUCUGAUGGAGUGAGUACAUCCAUUGCGGGCAGUGGAGGGCUUGCCAUGAAAAUGCAGCUUAUUUAAGAUGUCCCUGAGGAGUACUGAGUUGUCAUGUUUCCUUUCAGAAGAAGGGAACGUAGCGUGUGGGAUGCAUUAUACUGAGAAAGAAGCUACUAAGUGAUACAGUUUGUACAACUAUCCUGGAGCCUGUUCAUUGCUCAGAUUUAUCCCUCGGUGUAAGUUCUGCCUUUUAGAGAAAUACUGAACAAGUCUCAUUUUUUGUGUGACAGCCUUCUGAAUAUUUGAAGUUGUUUAUUGUAUCUUCAGGUUAAAACAUCCCCUAGUUCAUUUAUUUUGCAUUUGUUCAAUAAAUAUUUAAUUGAAUUCUUCAACUGUUUCAUCUAAGGCUGUUUCUAGAAAUUUCACU